AUGGAUUCAAGGAAUCCAUAUAGUCAGCGUUCAAGUUAUGUAGGCCUUCUUAACAGUCAACAAGAAAACUUUCCUUAUGGAAGUUUUCCUUCUACUGUGAACUUUGGAGCCUCAGAAAUCCCUCCUUUCAGUUCCCAACAAUCUGAGGCUCCAGGUCAACCUGAAGCCACACUAGUGGAGCGUCGGGAGAGAAGGAAAUGGACCCCAACUGAUGACGAGGUUCUAAUCAGCGCCUGGCUAAACACAUCUAAGGAUGUUGUUGUAGGAAAUGAUCAAAAGUCAGGGACCUUCUGGAAACGAGUAGGAGAAUACUUCGCAACAAGCCCGCAUGGUAGAGAGUUGUCUUUAAAGGGUGAGCAUCUCCAUUGUAAACAGAGGUGGCAGAAAAUCAAUGAUCUGACGAACAAGUUCUGUGCCGCAUACGUUGCUGCAGAGAGACAAAAUUGCAGCGGUCAGAAUGACAAUGACGUUCUAAAGGUGGCUCAUAACUUCUUCUACUCUGAUCACAACUUAAAGUUUAACCUUGAACAUGCGUGGUGUGUGUUGAGCACCACUGUUGGUGACCAUGAGAUCUGGCCUGAAGGUAUCAAGGCUGCAAAAGCAAGAAGGAAUAAUGCUCAAGGGAAGGCUCUUUCUGAUUAUAAGAGCAUGUGGGAGCUGAAGAUGGAAGAUUUGGCGACGAAGGAGAAACUGUCAAAGCUGGCCAUAUUGGAUACUCUCCUUGCUAAAAAGGAACCACUUAGUGAGACUGAAGAAACUGUGAAGAAUAAACUCCUGGCAGAGUAUUUCUAA